AUGAUAAACAAAAAUACCGCUGGAGAGCGAAUUAUAUUCAUAUUUGAACGUUUAGGGGAAGAUCAACAUUUUUUCCGCAUUUUGUUUGUAGAGCCGAUUACUUUUCAAGGUCAGGAAGCUCAUUAUUUAGCUAUUCCUAAAACUCAAUCCGGAGAAAAUUUAAGCAAAAAACUGCAAAUUUUGCAAGCAGGGGAAAAGUUUGAAAUCAUUAUUGCAGGAGACGGAACAGAAGCACCAGCACAUUUUUCAGGACCAAGUACUAGUCAAAAAGUAAGAGCAAAUAAAGCAACCAACCCAACUUUGGCUAAGCAAAAUCUCGCCCCAGAUAACAAUUGGUUCGCAUCUAAACUAACCCAAUUUAUGUUUGCUAAAGAAGCUUCUUCGCAAGUUAACAAAAAAGAUCUGGAGGCCGCCAUUAGUUUUCCCAUUCUCCUUAGUGAAUUAACCGGAUUUAAUGAUACUUUACGAGGAAAUCCUAAUCAUGGUUACAUUAAACCCCUAGUUAGAGAUUUAUUACAGCAAUUACUUCAAACUAAUAAUCCAGAUUUAGAAAAAUAUUUGCGAAUUAUGGAAAAAUAUAAUGGUAGUCUGGAAGGCAUAAAUUUGGGUGCCUUUGAUUUUCCCCUAGCCCGAAUUAAUUGGAGAAUUAAAUAUGAGAGAGAACAAACAAGACAAAUGUCUGUUGAAUAUUAA